AUGGAGAGCUGGCCGAAAGAGGCCAGCCAAUUGAAGCAACGCAAUUGGGUUUCCUAUUUGUAUCUCGUGGUAGACAUUUUAUUGGUGUUGCUGCCCAUGUUUUUCAUUUUGUUGGGUAUUGCUGUUAUUACUCUUCAUCGGAAGCCGACGAAAGGGAGUUCGUUCGGUACCAAGGUGGAGUUUGCGACUCAGCUUGGACCUACCAUCUUUCCGAUACUGUUUGCCGCAAUCAUUGGCCGGAGUAUGAAGAUGAUUGCUCGAUACCUCGCUGAAAAGGGAGCAAAGCUUAGCACCUUGGAACUGUUAAUGGCGAGCCAGUCUGUCUGGGGAACAUUCGAGAGUCAAUUUUUAAUGAGGCGCCUUACUGUCGUCGGGGCUCACUUACUUAUCCUUUGUUCCCUUUCCCCUUUAGGUGGUCAGGCAUCGUUGCGAUUGCUGGGGACAGCCGACCAGGCUAACAACACGCCGCAGAAGAUUCGAUACUUGACCACCGGUCCUGGCGGGACGAUGUGGGGGCUAGAGACUGUGUACAUCGGAAACGGAGAAUUCGCUGAUGUGGAUGCUCUGUACAACGCAGCUCUUCUUGCUCCAAACUCAAUCAAACUAGGGCCACAGGACACCUGGGGCAACGUCAAGAUCCCGUCAAUGGUUUCACUGAACGAGUCGACCGCUGACGCCCAUGGGUGGAUCAGUACGCCGACUACCAUGGCAGCCGCCGAAGACUACUCUUCCCUAAUGGGACUACCGGUUGUGGGGCGACCUUUGAACGCAAAUGCGAACUUCAGCAUGGAGUCCACAUAUCUCUCUGUGCAGUGCAGCAAAUUUACACAAACGCUUUACCCGAACUUUUUUCACAAUAUCGCUUCACCUCCGGACUUCGCUCAGCUUUCUCGUAUAAUAUCGGGGCGCGUUUGGACGGAUCUCAACUCAGGCUAUAAUCCCCUGAAUGGAACGACAUUCUUUAUGGAUACCGAUCUACCACUGUUCGACGGCUCCAUAGCUAUGACUACAGAGGAUGUUGUUGCGACAUCUCGAUUUGAUGGAUUUAUCGGGUUCCUGAACUCAUCUGCAACAAGAACCGCAUCCUCAACCGCCCAAAGAAAUUUGAUCUUCGGAUCUGUAUUUCUCUCUGACGCGGAGAAACAGGACUGGAGCAUCAAUAUGGCAAACUGCUCAGUUAUGCAAACCCACAUUGAAUCCGCGGCCGAGUGCGUUAAGGAUCAGUGCAGUGUGAACAAGAUUAGGAAAUCUCUCACGGAUAAACGUGCAUCGGAGCUUACUGGGUUCGACCACAAUCUUAUAACUAGUCAAUUCGUUACUAGCUUUGCGAAGAGUCAAAAUCAAGGCCGCGGAUCAUCGCCGACUGAGAGAUUCCUGUCCAACUCCACUGAAUUUCCAUUCAUACAAACAGCCGGCAACUUGGAGAGCAAGGAAGUGUUUAUAGACCUAUCCAAGAUACCAAGCGAUGCUUUCUCCCGACGACUCAGCCUUCUGCUCAACACAUAUUAUCAGCUGAGUGUUGGCCCUACUGGAUACUUCGGCAGUCUCCCACAGAAUUUGUCGCUUUAUGGACCUGACACAAUCCCUGUCAAAGACAUAGAUGCGUAUUUGCUGAAGAAUCUGUCAGCAACAAGCCACACGUACGUGGACUGGUGGCCAACGUUCCAGGAUGCUGUGGAUGACAAUGCUAUUGGGACGCCAUUCAUCGGUGCGACUACGAAUGCAACAAUCACUACCCACGAACAAGUAUUUUUUUGCAGCUUUGCGUGGCUCUCGCUUCUCCUGGCUGCGUCGACUAUCAUCCUCGUGACCGGCGCAGCGGCCCUUCUGCUAAGACGGAAGACCAUUGCCCCCGAGAUGUUUGGGUUCGUGACCAGCAUGACAUAUGAAAACACUCAUGUCAAAAUACCUCCCGGUGGCAACGUCCUCGACGCAAUGGAACGAGCCAGGCUGUUGAAAGAUGUGAAAGUUCGCGUUGGCGAUGUACGUGGCGAAGCUGAUGUGGGCCAUAUUGCAUUUUCCGCCGGAGUCAAGGUUCGGACCUUGGAGAGAGGCAGACUUUACAAAUGA